UACAUCUGACGGAGCACUGGAGGGCUUAAAAUACCCCAUUUGCGGUGUACUAACACACAACUAACUACUCAACGAAUGCAGCUAACGUCUAACAAGCAACACGCAUCAAACAACGCAACGCAAAUUAGUUAAAAUGUCGAAUAAUUAGUGGCUCCGACGACGACGACGACGAUCGACGACGAAAAAAAAGUCAUCAUCUGUUAAUCAUCUACGCCGGAUUCCUUCUUCACCUUUUCUCUUUCAUUCGUCAUCGCAGAGCUGAGAGCCGACAUGGAAACGAAAUACACGACAUGGCUCAUUCUCAUGCUGGGAUUCUGCAUUCAUACGCUGGGAAUUUUCUGGUUUAUUUUUCUGUUGCUCUCCGUUUUUACGUUCAUUUUGGGCAUUUUGACAAUUUUGUACUUAAACCAUGACGAUAUGGACACUUAUUUGAACAAAAAUCCAUCCGAUAACCCACUGGAAAGUCUGGAAACGAAGUCAUUAGGCUUAAAUAUCCUUCGCGAUAACAAACCGAUCCAAGUGAUAUCUCCCAACAUCAAAAUUCACAGUACAGAAUUGAAACGCCACAAGGAUGGCUCCGACGGCAAGAAAAAAGGAAUUUUCGGAUCUGGCUUCGAUUUGUUGUUCAAAAAGGAGAAGUCAGGCAGCAAAAAUAGCGAAGACGAGUCCGGAGACGAAGCCAAAUCGGCGAAAUGGAAGCCCUUUGAGAAGCUGAAAAAAGACAAAAAAGCCAAAGAAGAAAAGGGAAUCUUGCUGGGCGAAGAUGCAACGGUAAUGGCGCAAAAAUACGCGAGCGGCAACUCGCCAAAGAAGAAAAAAGUCAUCAGUGGCAACAAACAUCUCGACAGCUUGCUUCAUACCAUCAUCGACUACAUCAUACGGGAUUUCAUUGAUUCCUGGUUCAGUUCCUUGUCAAGCAGCAAAGAAUUUACCGAAGUUUCGACGCGUGUUUCGAUCGAAGAAACUGCGAUAAAUAUCUGUGAACGCAUCAAAAAUGCCCCGUUACUCCCGCUUUUGACAACAAAGCUCAUUGACGACGUCGCGGCGCACUGCAAAUUGUACAGAAAUGCCACACAGGCUGUCACCAACAAAAAAGCCGAACAGAAAAAGAUGAAAUUACGCGAAAAAUUGUCGCCGCAACGGAACAGCUUGAAAGGAAGUCAUCGCAGAAACAAAAGUGACACCGACCUCAAUUGGCAUCUGGGUCAUAUGUCGGGAAAAAAUGUUGCAAACUCAAAAUUUUACACGGAAGAGGAGUUUAUUGAUCCGGAAACGCGUCUGCUGCACGCUUUUUUCGAAAAUUGCAGCGACUUCAAGGACGAAUGUUUGGAUGAACGGGCUUUGGAGACAUAUUUGACGCGCGUUACCGAAACAAUCCUUUAUUACACGCUGCCCGAACAGGAUUUUGACUGUUUGAUCCUUCGCACGUUCCUUAGCACACUUCUGGCGAACGUAGUUUUCAAGCCACUCAUUUACAUGUUAGCGGAUCCCGAUUUUAUUAACUUGCAAAUUGCACGACAGUUCACGAAAGAUGUACCCUCGGGCGAAUAUCUGAUAAAAAUGAUACGACAAUGUACAGAUAUCACGGAGCUACGGGCGGUGCGGCAUCUGAUAACGAAGGAAAUGGAUAUGAAAUAUCGCGAUAAUAACUGCUCCGCCGAGUUAGCAAGUCUUAAAUAUGCCCAGCAGCUCAUCGAUUUGCGGAUGAGUAACUUGCAGAAUCAUAGAAAUGAAAAUUACCAAAAGUACCCUGAUAAGCUGGUUACUCACCUUCCGACAUUAAGUCUCGACGAGAUUCUGAAGAAAGAGCUGGCAAUUUCGUAUUAUUUAGAUUAUUUAAGUAUUUUAAAUUUGCAAAAGUAUGUGAUUUUUUAUCUGACUGCACAAGAUUGGAAAGAGACGACGACACAGUCACUAAGUGACAUCAACAAGCAUAAAGUGAAUCGUGACGAUGCCAUCAAGACAAUUCGUGAUAAAGCGUACAAACUUUACAAGGACUACUUGAUCCCGUUGUCGGAUAAUUUUCUGCAAGUUGAUCCGGGACUCAUUGAAGUGCUGAAAAUUAAGCUAAAAGACACGACAGUGAUGCCGGAUGCCACGUGGUUCGAGUCGAUUUGUAAAUUUAUCUAUGAAAAAUUGAAGAACGAGGAUGUUUUUCUGAACAAUUUCUACCAAAGUGCCGCUUACAAAAAAUUAUUGCUCGAGUUAGAGGUGAAUAACGAGACGGAAACAGAUUCGGAGUUACUUACGACAGUCAGUAUGGAGAGCGGAAGUGAUUCCAAUUCGGGAGAUUUGUUACUCGACGAGGACGAUGAGCUCGAUUUGCACACCGUCAAGUCCGAAAUGGAUUUGAAGAACAAGGAAAAGUCGAAAACGCUUGGGACAACGUACGAUUUGACGAGUUCUGCGAACAAACCGAAUGUGCCGAAUCGCCUGUUGGAAGUCAGUAACCUCAAACAUGCCCGUUCCGCAAGCGAUUGCACGGAAAUCCUGAAAAACGUGAAUCGCCUGAAUAUUCCGGAGCUCCGAAAGAGCGGAAAUACAAAUGCGACACGAACGCCGUGUCUCAGCAAGAGUGACGACGAAACAGAUACGGGCAAUAAUCUGUUGAGACCUUCGAGUAGUGGCAGUAGUGCGAGCGGCGGUAGUUAUCAGCAACGAAAACAAUCAGAUUCGGAGCUGCGAGUGGCGGCAAAGCAAAAACUCACCGCAAAAAUCAUCAAUACGGCAAUCAAUGUGGAUGGGCAGUAUGCCGUGUACGCCAUUCAAGUGACUGUGAUCGAGGAUAAUCAAUACAAAAGUUGGCACAUUUAUCGGCGGUACUCCAAGUUCCUCGAGCUGAAGAAGUAUCUCACGAAACGCUUUACCCAGCUGGGCAAGUUACCGUUUCCCGCGAAAAAAGCAUUCCAAAAUACCCAACGUGUCGUACUAGAGCAUAGGAUGAAUGUGUUAAAUCAGUUUUUAAGUGUUAUUUGUAUUAGAGCAGAGAAUAAUGAAGCUAUGUACGCUGUGAUCCGAGACUUCCUCGAGCCAGAUACGAAUGACAAGAAAAUGCAAGGAGGAGCUGUGGUGCGAACGCUCGAAAGCAUCGUCAACCCAUUCAAGACUGGCAUUAAAACAAUUAAAAAUAUACCUGAUACGCUACUCGGAGGAAUUUCUAGAAUUAUGUUAGGUAAUAAACCUGUGAAGCAUACGUCGUUUCUGGAUUACUCAUCAUAUCAAUUGGAGCAAUCAAGUGACUAUCCAGCAUUAAAAUCCGCAUUAAAUCUUUUGGACGAGGUUUUCGACUUGCAGGCACGAUCUCAAUGGCUUCGACGAGGCCUUAUAAAUCGUGUUUUAGGUGCUCCAUGGGUGAGUUACACUGCAAACAAGAAACUAAUCAACGGCGCAAAAAGCUUAAUGGAUACAGAAAAAGUUGAAAUGUUGCUGGUUGCGAUAUUGGAGUCCAUUUGGCCCGAUGGCAAAUUCCAAACACAACAAAUCACGAGAGAGGAAAAUACGAAACUUCGUACACGCAUGGCAGCUCGUGUUUCCUUAUUUGCCUUCUUAUCAGACGAUCUCAAACACGUUGUUGGUUCCGAAACAACACGCUACGGCCUGUUAAACUUCUUUCAAAUGCUACAAAAUGAAAAACUCAAUAUUCGGUUGACGCUCGUCCUGCUAAAUGAUAUUCUAAAAACAAUCUUUCAGUUAGAUAGUAUGACAAAACAUGCCGAAAACACGUAGUUACGACAGAAAAACCAAUAGAAGAGCAUAUUUUUUUAAGGUUUUAACGAAUUUCUUUAAGUAUUUUUUUUUGUAAAAAAUUUGUAGUUUGUGUUAGAAGAAGAAAAAAAAAUCAAAAAAUAGGUUUAAGUGGAAAAUGAAUUUUUUUGUGUUAAAAUAUUUUUUUUUUGUGAUCAAAAUAAUUUUCCGUCAUGUUAAAUAAUGUAUAAAGAUAAAUUGUACAAUUAAAAAAAAGUUAUUAAUUUGGAAACGCAAUGAGACUUUAUGGUAGCUUUUAGUUUAAAAAUGUAAGAAAAAUAAGAAUUAAAGCAGUUCACUCCCCAGGCGGGAAAAGCCGUUAAAAUCCGAGUAAAAAUUGUACUUUUUAAAGAAAAAAAAUGAAAAAAAUUAAAUUUAGCGGGCAAUAUGUGUAGCAAAAAAUUAAAGUAGUGAAAAAAUUACACAAAAAGCACCAACUAAAAAUAUUUCACAGCCUUAGAUGUUUUUUUAGUAGAAAAAAAAUUAAAAAAAAAAUUAAUUAAGCAAUUUAAAUUAAAAUGGGCUUCAAAAAUGUCGCGAUUUAAUUUUUUUUUUAAAUAAUUUUGCUUUAAAUGCCCAUUAAUUGUAAAAAGUUGUGCACAAGCACAUGCAAAAAAAUAAAAAAAAAAUAUAUAUGAACAACCAUAGACACAACACACUAUUAUAUUAUGAUUGAAAUGAAAAGUGCUUUAAUCGAUUAUAAAUGCUUUUAUACAAAUUGAAUGGGAAUUGUAAGGGAUUAGCGCAAAAACUUAUA